CACGCGGACGGACGGACGAUGGGCAACUCCGAGGGGCAGGGCGGCGCCUCUGCAAAGGGGAGAAAACAGGCAUCGAACGCGGCGUCGGGGGGUGCGAGCAGCAGCAGCAGCAAGCGGCCCUCGCCCGAAGAGAUCGAGGCGAAGCGGCGAGAGCGCGCAGAGAAGAAGGCGCGCGAGGAGCGUGAGCGCCAGGAGGCCCAGCGCCAACGCCAGCUGCAGCUCGAGGCAGAUGGAGGCGCCGGGGCAGCCGUCCUGUCCCCCGACGGCCGACAGCUUUUCGAGCCAAGAAAAUGGAGCGCGGUUGCCGGUGCGCACGGCGAAGGGGUUGAGCACAAGCAGAGGAUCAAGGUGCUCAGCUGGAACAUCCUUGCCCAGGGCCUCGUCAGGCGAAAGCUGUUUCCCGGCUCAGACUGCCUGCGCUGGAAGGACCGCGAGGAGGGCUUGUCGGCAGAGAUGCUCUCACUCCCGUGGGACGUGGGCUGCUUCCAGGAGGUCGACCGCAUCGAAGACCACGGCCCCAAGCUCAAGGAGAGCGGGCGGGCAUAUCUGUAUGCUAAGGGCUAUGCCCGCAAGCAGCACGGGCUCAUGGUGGCGUGGAAUAUAUCUUCUUGGCGGACGACUCGGUUCAAGGAGCAGCCGGCAGGGUCCAAGCUAGUCUUUCUCGACGACGAGACCGUCGACAAAGAAGCAAAGAGGACGGGCCUCUCGCGCGUCACCCGCAACAUCGGUCUCUUUGCGGCCCUGUCCCUGGACGAGGAAGGCAGCGACGAGCAGCGAGGCAUCAUCGUGGCCACCACGCACCUCUUUUGGCACCCCAUGCAUGCAUACGAGCGCGUGCGCCAGUCGGGCCUGCUGAAGCGAGCCCUGCUGCAGUGGAGGCAGAGCAACGAGGCGUGGCGUAAAUGGCCUGUCGUCCUCGCUGGCGACUUUAACGAUCAGCCGCACUCGGCCACCCAUGCGCUGAUGACGGCCAGCGACAUCAGCGCGCACUGCCGAGACGAGGUGCAGCGGAGCACCGUCGUGCACACCAGCGUCGACGAGAGGCGGGCCAACCUGGCGGUGAAGGACCUUGGCAAGCUCGAUAUCGCUGGCGAGGCCGCCGCGCCAAAGAAGGGCGGUGAGGCAGGGGAAGAAGAGAAGGAAGAGGAGGGAGACGGUGAGGAGGAGGAAGAAGAAGGAGAAGGGGAGGACGAGAAUGCAGAAGGGUCCGACCAGAUGCUGAAGAACUGCCGAGCGGCCAAGGAGCAGGACGGCCUCCUCUCCUUUGACGAGCUCGUCGAGCUGCACAGUGCUUCGAGCGCCUCAUCGGCCUAUGGGCAACACUUUGGCUCGCUGCAGGAGGAUCAGGCAGGCAACUACUUUGGGUCGAAGGAACGGGGAAAGGAGCGGUACGAUGACACAGAAUGGAAAGAGGGCCAACCCAACAUCCAUCUAGGACCCAGCAAGGAACCAAUGUGGACGCUUUUUAGCUCCAUCUUCUCUCUCACGCUCGACUACAUCUUUCUCUUUCCUCUCCAGUCUCCUUCUCCCUCGUCAUCGGAUAGAGACGGGGCGCCGACCGUGACGGCGCUCCUGCCCACACACAAGACGGCGGUGCUGCAGCCUGGCAUUCCCAGACGGGGCGUGUGCGCCAGUGACCACAUUGCCAUCGGCGCAGAGCUGUCCCUCUCAUAGAGUUCCCCAAACCAUCAUACAAUGUAGCUGAUAUCCGAGCAAGCAAAAGCAAGCAAUCACGAGAGCC